UCGGGUCGUUCUGUCGGGAGGACGGCUCCAUCAUGGGCAGUGAAGACACAGAGCCGGAGGUUCCUGUGGACGCGGUGGGGAGACGAGUGUUCUGCGGCGGGGAGAGAGCCACGGUCCGGUAUGUGGGCCCGGUGCCCCCCACGUCAGGACUGUGGCUCGGUGUAGAAUGGGAUAACCCCGAGAGAGGCAAACAUGACGGCAGCCACAGCGGCGUUCAGUAUUUUACAUGCAGUCACCCUAAAGGUGGUUCCUUUGUCCGGCCGGCGAAGGCGACUUUCGGAGUGGACCUCCUGACCGCUGUGCAACAGGAGUAUCUGAUCAACCCAGAGAAAGUCCUGAGUGAGGACAUCUCCGUUUCUUGCAAGAAGGUGAAUUGGAAAGGUGUGACGGAGCGCAGUUUUCAGGAUCUUCCAUCUGUGGUGCUGAACAGCUCAGAGGUGAACGGACCGGGCGCUGCUGGAGACAUCAGGAAAACGCUUCCCAACAUUCGCUGGUUGGACCUGAGCGGGACUCUGCUGUCCAGCUGGGAGGACGUGGCCGCCAUCACGGAACAGCUGGACAAACUAGAAGGACUGCAGCUCCACAGGAACAGGCUAACUUUGCCCUCAGAGCCUUCAGUUCACACCCAAGCGUUCUGCAACCUCAAAUUACUCGCACUCAACCAGUGUCGGCUCACCUGGCCACAGAUCCUGGAGUGCGCCAUCAUGUGGCCUCAAGUGGAAGAACUGUUUCUAGAAGAAAACAACAUCACAGAGCUCCAAAGACCAGAGACCGUCCUGCAGACGCUCAAGAGUCUCAGCCUCGUUAACAAUCCUCUAGUGGAGGACUCUCUGCUCAGUCUCUCUGCUCUGCCCAGGCUGGAGAACCUCAAUCUUUCUGGAACUGGAAUCUCUGUCAUUCGAUUUGAAGAUGCUGCUCCUGGAGAGCAGACGGUCAUGUUUCCAGCUCUGAGCAUCCUUAAUCUGACAAACAACAACAUCUCAGAGUGGUUUGUGGUGGACGAGCUGGCCAAACUGUCCAGUUUGGUGAAACUUUCAUGCAAAGGGAAUCGACUUGUGAGCAGCGACAGAAACCUGAAGACAGCCAGACAGAUGGUCAUCGCCAAACUGGCACAACUGGACAUUCUGGACAACUGCUCGAUCACCUCUGAAGAAAGGAGGGGGGCGGAGCUUGACUACAUCAAGAUGUUUGGGGAGGAGUGGCUAAAGGCGGGGGGGCCGGGUCAGCCCAAUGCCGACUUCAUCAAGCAGCAUCCCCGCUAUCAAAAACUCAUUGACAAGUACGGAGCUCCAGAGGAGAGCGAGCUGAAGAAGCCGCAGCCUUCCACUCUGAAAAACCAGCUGAUCAAGAUCACAUUUGUGUUUCCCAGCGAUCCUGACCGGAAGCCGAUAGAGAAGAAGCUUCCAGCUUCUAUGGAUGUUCUGAAAGUGAAGGGGCUCCUAUACCGAACGCUGAAGGUUCCUGCAGCUGACCUGCAGCUGUCCUACAAAACCCCCAAGAAGCCUGAAGUGGAGUUUGAGAUCAACAACGACCAGAAAACGCUGCAGUUUUUCUCUGUAGAGGAUGGAGAUCAGGUGCUGGUCCGCUGGUCCUGACAGAACCGGACUGGGAUUCUGAGGAGUCAACGCCACGGCGUGCUCCUCUACACGGCUGACAGCUUCACGCCACUGACUCAUCAAAUCUGCAUACAGCUCUGAAUCUUUGGAUUUCAGAGGAACAAAGAAUGAAAAUGUGACUUUAGAAACACGAGUUUGUCUUUUCUGCUGUUUUUCAAAGUUGAAUCUGAAUUUAUAAUAUAAAAAAGAAUAAAAAUCUUUGAGUUCAAUCCAAGCUGAAGAGUCAGUAAACUGUUUAUGACGAAAUAUGAAAUAAAAAGUGAACUUUGUUAAACAGCAGAAGAUGAUCACAUGUAAAUGAAAGUGCCUCAUGGAUUCAUCAUGUUCAUGUGCUCAACAUUUAACCUUUUUUUGUAUUUAUAAAUAAAAAAAUAUUUCAAGAAAA